AUGUCUAUCUAUCUAUCUCAUCUUGUUCAUCUAUUAUCUAUCUAUCUAUCUAUCUAUCUAUCUAUCAUCUAUUCAUAUCUAUUUAUCUAUCUAUCUCAUUCAUCUAUCUAUCUAUCAUCUUAUCUAUCUAUCUAUCUAUCUAUCUAUCUAUCUAUCUAUCUCAUCCUAUUCAUAUCUAUCUAUCUAUCUCAUCCUAUUCAUAUCUAUCUAUCUAUCUAUCUAUCUAUCUAUCUAUCUAUCUAUCUAUCUAUCUCAGCUUGUUCAUCUAUCUAUCUAUCUAUCUAUCUCAGCUUGUUCAUCUAUCUAUCUAUCUAUCUAUCUAUCUAUCUAUCUAUCUAUCUAUCUAUCUAUCUAAGUCUGUUCAUAUCUAUCUUUCAUAUCUAUCUAUCAUUUACUUUAUUAACAAGCGGUCUAUUUAUGUUCAUAUCUAUCUAUCCAUCUAUCUAUCUUAGCUUGUUCAUAUCUAUCUAUCUAUCUAUCUAUCUAUCUAUCUAUCUAUCUAUCUAUCUAUGUAAAACUCUCUGUCUGUCUGUUCACUGUAAAACUGUCCGUCUCUAUCUGUCUCUCCAUAAAACCCUGUGUCUUUCUAUUUGUCUCUCUGUUUUUCUCUAUGUGUCACUGUCUCUCCUGCCAGUUUUCGACUUUGUCAUUACUACCACUAUCAAUCACCCCUCCCUCAUUUCUUUUCUCUCUACCCCAUUGACUCCCGCUCUGUACACCCCAGUCCUCCUGAGGUGGUUCCAAGUUUUUGUGAGUCAGACACGAAGACACACGGGCAGGCGAGCAGACAGAGAAUUCAGUGUGUGUCUUUUGCCCCUUACAUCUUUUUCUUUUCUUUCACCUAGAAUAUCUUUUCUCACCUACGAACGUGAGUUGUGUAAGGGGAAUUCGCGUUCAUGCGAGAUCUUUAGAAUAAGCUUCACUUUCUUUCUUUCUUCCUUUUCUCUUCUCUCUUUCUUUCACUCUCCUUCUUUCACUCUCUUACUUUCUUACAUUUUUCUUCUUUCCCUAUCUCUCUCAGACAUGCAAAUACUGCACCAAGUCAUACUUCCAACCGGUCAUACCUCCAACCGGUCAUACCUCCAACUGGUUAUACCUCCAACCGGUCAUACCUCCAACCGGUCAUACCUCCAACCGGUUAUACCUCCAGCCAUCUAA